AUGGCGGACACGGCGACCGACAACCAGCCGGAGCCUGCGCCGCCCACGGACUCGGCGUCCGCCGACAACUUCGGCGACCUGCUGGCCCAACUACUGCAGUCGCUGCCCGCCGAGGCGUCGCGGCUCUUCCUCAUGGCGCUCAGCGGCCUCUCUCCGAGCGAGAGCGCCGAGCUGUGCCGCUACGUGGACCGCCUGCGUGACGAGAAGCAGUUCCGCGUGAUCAAGGCCAUGGCCGAGUCCACCGUCGAGGGCAAGAAGAAGUUCAUCCUGAACCUGCGCAAGAAGUUCCUCGUGCAGCAGGCCAAGCUGGCCGAGGUGCAGGCGCAGGAGGAGCAGAACAUGGAGUCGCACCUCAAGCGCAAGCAGGCGCUCAACGGUACGAGCUCGCGCGCCCAGCUUCCUCUCGAUAUCCCCCUCAACAGCGCGCUAACUUCUAUUUCCUUCGAUGUUUUAUUCUGUGCUGCAGCUGCCAGCCGCGUCAAGAUGCUCAACGGGGGAGCCAACAAGUUUCACUCCUUCAACGCGGUGGUGGGCCCCGAUGGCAAGGAGACCAAUGGCCCCAAGCUGACGGCCCAGCACUUGGCUGGCAUGCCCAAUGCCGAUGGCAUUGUCGUCGGACGCUCGCUUUCUUCGUCGUCUGUGGUGAUCUCCAAGGAAGAUAUCUCCCAGGUGGGGCGACUGCUCAGCAACUCGCACAUUGCUGACUCGGAGAUGAACCUGCGCGAGCUGGAGAUCAACAAGAAGGGCUUCAUUCCGGGCGACAACAACACCUCUACUUCGAACCAGGACGACGACGUGUCCGCCGCUAAGCGCGACCGCCCGGAGAGUAGCCGCACCCUUGUUGAAGGCGAGCAGAAGCCCACGCAGCGCACUCGCUCCGACGCAGGAACGCCGGUAGCAACCAGUGGGGAGAACACAGAGAACUCUAAUGGAAACACUGAGCCCGUCGAAGACCCAGAGGCUCCGACGACCAAGCGCUGGACCAAGAGCCAGGAUGCGGCCCUUCGUGAGAGUGUGCGAAUCCACGGCGAGAAGAACUGGAAGGCAAUUGCCGAGCUGGUGCCCGGACGUAACCACGCCCAGUGCCUUCAGCGUUGGCGCAAGGUGCUAAAGCCUGGUCUAGUGAAGGGGCACUGGUCGUUUGAAGAGGAUCAAGUGCUCGAGUACCUGGUGACACAGGGCUGCAACAACUGGGGUCAGAUCGCAGAGCGUAUCCCAGGACGCACCCCCAAGCAGUGCCGUGAACGAUGGAAGAACCACCUCGACCCGGCGAUUAACAAGGGCCCCUACACCGAAGAGGAGGAUUCGGUCAUCCUCACUGCGCAGGCACGGCUGGGCAACAAGUGGUCGCAGAUUGCUCAGCUCCUAAAGGGCCGCACCGAGGAUUCGGUGAAGAUCCGCUGGAAGUCCUUGAAGCAGAACCCCAGCAAGGCAGCGGCCUCGUACGCACAGCACAAGAAGAACCAGCAGCAGGCUCAGGCUGCUGCCGCGCAGCAAGCUGCUAUGGGAUACAACAACCCGGUCCUGAUGCGCCAGCGCCAGUUGCAGCUUCUGCAGCAACAGCAACACUUGCAGGCGCACAACACGGAGGCAGUGCAGCAGCUUGACCAGCAGCAGCAGAUGCAGCAAAUGCGUCUCCACGAAAAGCUCAUGCAGCAGCAGGCGCAGAUGCAGCAGGGCCAGCACAUUAGCCACGUCGCCAUGCUCACCGAAGACUUGAAGGCGGAGCCGUACCAGCAGAAUCGCGGUAUGCUCAUGGGUCAUUCGCCCGGUGGCGACCCGAACUUGUAUGCCGCGGCUGCCUACGCUCAGCAGCCCUAUGCCCCACCGCAGCAGUAUGAGGGUCAAGACUACGUCGCCAAUAAUGGCUAUGACCCGCGGUACUAUGAACGACAGACUUCCACUGGCGCUGCAAGCCAAGGCGCGUCUCCGGCGCACCACACCGACCAGCAGCAGCAGCAGAACGGCGGCGAGACUUGGCUCCAGCCUGCUGUCCCCGCCUCGAAUGGCGAGAUCGAUCAAGACGGCAUGCCGCGGAUAGCCGACAACCAGCAACAGCAAGCCCAGCAGCCUCAGCAGCCCGGCGCCAAUGGUGCGGGCAUGUGGGACCCGUAUCCGCGACAGGAUGCGUCGCAGCUGAGCCCGCUGAGCCUGCAGGCGUUGUUGCAAGAUCCUGCACGAGCUGGCGCGUUGGACCCAAGCUUUUACCAGCCGGUUGAGCACCAGCCGGCGGAGACCGUCACGUACGAGAUGGGCCCCUCGAGCUUCGGCGGCGCGCCGACCAUGGCGUUCCCGCACUCACAAGCGCUUUAG